AUGCACCCCUACUUCACGACCGCAGCCUUGACGGCGUUUAGCGUCCUGAUAAUCGGGUCUACCGCUCUUCAUACGACAGGAAAUGAUCAAGUUACCAAGUAUGCUAUUCAGAGGGUGCGGACAACACAAAGCAAUGCCUCUCAUGCCGUUUCCACUGGGAUCGCAAACCAAAAUUGGCUCUACACAGUGGAACUGUCGAUAGGAACACCUCCUCAGAAAACUCUUGUUCAGCUGGAUACAGGCUCUAGCGAGAUGUGGGUCAAUGCCAACUGCAGUGCCGCUCCAACUGCGCUCAAUCAGAAGGAAUUAUGUGACAAAGUCCCCGUAUACAAAGUCAACAACUCCAGUACGGCUGCUGGGCCCUUGGGUUCUGGCCAGAUUCAGUACGGAAUAGGCGAGCAGUUAACGGGAGUAAGGUUCAACUACUAUCAAGAUACCAUUGAUAUUGGAGGAAUCGAGAUUAAGGACCAGAUUUUCGGUGUUGCUUGGGCCAGCGCCAACGUUCCAAUUGGAAUCCUGGGUCUCGGGCCCGACUUGGAUCGGGGUUUUGCUCUCAAUGAGUCCCAUCCACUUGUUCUCGAUGCAAUGGCCCAAUCGAAAUCCAUAUCAAGCAGAGUCUACAGCGUUGGCCUUGGCGGCGCCAAUGAAGCGGAGGGAUCGUUAAUAUUUGGAGGCAUUGACAAGGGGAGAUACACCGGCUCGCUAGAGAAGCUUCCCAUUGUGAAAAGCAGUGAGGGCAAGUGCCCCAUGCUACUUCCAACUCCUCUGCAGUUCAAUGAAACUGACCACCUGAUCAGACUCACUGUCGACCUUGCUGCAUUAAGUAUACAUGGAAAAGGCAAAUCCCGCGAGUAUGACAUUUCCAAUCAGACCAACGUUCUACUUGACACCGGGUACACGAUGUCAAAGUUGAACCAAAAGCUGGCCAGGCAAAUUUAUACAGAUAUCGGGGCCAAAUUAGAUGAGAGCCUUGGGUACUAUGUGGUGGAUUGUUCUGUACGAGACGUCGAUGGCGGCCUUGAUUUCAAAUUUGGUAACAAAACUAUCAUGGUCCCAUUCCACGAGUUCAUUUUCACGGCAGAGGGCAUCUGUGCUGCUGGAUUGGAACCCGUGGAGGACGGCCAGCAGCAAGUGUUGGGACUAAGUUUCCUCAGAGCUGCAUACGUGGUUUUCGACUGGGACAAUGAAAAUGCUCAUCUGGCACAGUCGGCAAAUUGCACCUCGGAGAUUUUGCCAGCUACAACCGGGCCAGAUGCUGUCCCAUCCGUAGUGGGAAAUUGCGAAGCGAGUCUAUCAACCACGAAUGUUUCUUCCACGGCGACAAGACUAGAAAUGGUGCCUAUGCUCAUGUUUGUACUAGUGAUAGCUGUUCUUGUGUAA